AUGGUAGCCCCCAGGAACACAGCUUAUGCUGAGGAGAGCGCGGAGGUGGAGGUGCUCUAUGCCAACCUCGAGAAGCUCAACCGUCUCACCAAGAAGAUCCAAGGCUCCCUUGUGCGCUUGGAAACAAGUGGCAAGGUGGUCAAGGAGGCCAUUGGUCCAAUCUACAGCAACACUCAGUCUCUCCAAAUCACAAAUAGCAACAUCGACAAGGUUAACGAUGCCAUCGACCGCCUCCGACAGCCCCUCGACGCGAAGAGCCGCGAGGAAGGCAUCAUCCGCGCAGGGCCGCAAAGCUCUGGUCUCUCUCAAUACCUCUCGGCGAUGAAACGUGUUGAAAAAGCGCUGGUCGACCUCAACUCAACGAACCUUCGAUCCAACCAGAACGCGAUCACAGACUUCAACUCGCUACUAGGCACCGGUAGUAACAAGCUUCAAGAGAUGCUUCGAUCCGAAUUACAGCAACACAUUACACCGAUCGAGCCGCUACAUUAUCUUACCAAAGAGCUCCCUUUUCCAUCCAUCCCCGAAGAAACCGUUUCACAACUCGCUCCAUUAUGCGCGGUAAUUGGGUCUGCAUCCUUCCACGGACCGCUGCGCAAUAAAGGGGAGAGCCCUGCUUUGAAAAUCUAUGCCGAUGUGCGCGGGCCGUAUAUCACCUCAGGCCUACAGAACCUCGCGAUCGCAUCCGUCAACACUGUGAAACGAAAGCCUACCGACGGCCCAUAUAAACAAGGCACAAACGGUAUCGGGAUUUACUCGAAUGCGCUGGAAGCCUUUAUCAUUACUGAGCAUGGCAUCGUUACGCAAGUCUUCACCGGGGAUCAGCAAGGACUGGCAUUGCAGGCCACGUUCAUGUCGCCGAUGGCAGAGUACUCGAAAACUUUGCGCGAACUGAAUCAAUAUAUUAGAAUGAACUUGAUGACGGACUGCUUCCUGGCAUUCGAGAUCAUUGAGAUCGUGACGGCAAUGUCCUAUCGCAUCGAUUCCAAGGCGGCGGAGUUGAAAAGCCUCCUCAUCGAAGCUUUGCGACCCGUUCGCGAAACCGCUAAGUCCUCGCUGUCGGAGCUCAUCGAGGAGACAAAACGCAAGGCUGCCAAUUCUCCACUUCCCCCGGACGGUGGUCCUGUGCCCUUGGUGGAGGAGGUGAUGAGCUCUCUGAUCACCUUGACCGGCUAUUCGGGUCCCUUGGCUUCUAUCCUGACAUCUCUGGGUGAUGGAAACUGGCGCUCCAAGUCGAGCACCGCAGGUUCGGCCCCCUUGGACGUGGGUCCGGACAGCGGUACUCUAUUCUCUCAUUUUAUUCUCGAUAUGAUUGAAGCUCUCAUGACGGCACUGACUGACCGUGGCUCUCAAUUCCAUCGCUCAAAAGCUACACUUGGUGUAUUCUUAUCCAAUGUCUUCUGCGUUGUCGACCGGUCUAUUCGGAAGAACCCGGAACUAGCGCGAUAUCUCGGUGCUCCCGACAGCAUCUCUCGAAUCGAUAACUUCCGGAAACGUGCGACCUCGACGUAUCUCGAUGCAUGGAGAGAAGUGUCCCAGACCUUGCUCGAUGUUCAAUAUACCUCUCGCUCCGGGGCGCGACCAAACUCUGGAGGCGCAGUGGACUCCAGUGCCAUUGUCAAGAAUCUUUCCUCAAAAGACCGAGACGCCAUCAAGGAAAAGUUCAAGGCAUUCAAUGCAAGCUUCGACAACAUGGUUUCCCAACACAAAUCCCUUCACAUGGAACGCGAGGUUCGGUCAGUUCUGGGCCGGGAGCUGCAAGCUGUUCUCGAACCACUCUACUCUCGGUUCUAUGAUCGCUACGUGGAGAUCGACAAGGGCCGUGGCAAAUACAUCAAAUACGACAAAUCCAACUUGUCGGUACAGCUGGCGCAGCUCUGCUGA